AUGGCCCACGGACUGACUGCGGAGGAAGCGGGCCUCUUCAAGGCCUACGAUGUCCGGGGGGCGGCCCCGGCGCCGCUCUCUCCCGCGCUGGCGUGGCGCGUCGGCCGGGCGUUCGCUACCUGGCUCGGGGGGGGACGGAUCGGCAUGGCCCGGGACGCGCGACUCACGAGUCCGGCGCUGGCCCGGGCGUUCGCCGCGGGUCUUCAGAUGCCGGGCGUCGAGAUCCUCGACUACGGGAUGUUGCCGACCGACGCGAUGUGGUUCGCUGUCCGCCGCGACGGCCUCGACGGGGGUGCGGUGAUCACCGCCUCCCAUAACCCUCCCGGCGACAACGGGAUCAAACUCGUCGAACGCGACGCCGCACCUGUCUUCCACGAGAACGGCUUGCCGGAAGUGCGCCGCCUGGCCGGCGAAUUCUCCGAUCCGCCGAUCGAUUUCCCGCCCGGCCCGCCGCCUUCGACCAUGGACCGCCCUCCCCUUGAGAUCGCAUCCGACUAUCGGGCGUUUUUGAACAGCGUCGUCAGCUUUCGCUCCCUGCCGGCGCUCCGCGUGGUGCUCGACGCCGGCAACGGCAUGGGAGGACUGAUGGCGGCCGAGGUGUUCUCGAGAGUCCCCGGACAGUUCCUGGCGGUGCAGUUCCGGCCCGACGGCUCCUUCCCGAACCGGGGCGCCAACCCUCUCGACCCCGAGAACCGACAACCCCUCGUGCGCCGCGUCCUCGAGGAAGGCGCCGACUUCGGGGUCCUCUGGGACGGCGAUGCCGACCGCUGCGUGUUCGUCGACGAUCAGGGAUUUCACAUUCCGGGUGACUUCGCGACGGCGCUGCUGGCCACGGCCGAGAUCACCAAGGAACCCGGCGCCAGAAUCGUGUUCGACCUGCGGUCAUCGCGCGCGGUGCCGGAUACCGUGACCCAGGCCGGCGGAAUCCCCUGCGCGGGCCGGGUGGGACAUGCCUAUCUGAAGCGACGCAUGCGGCAGGAGGACGCCAGAUUCGGGGGCGAGCUGAGCGGUCAUUUCUUCUUCCGGGCCGCCGGGUAUGCCGACAAUGCCCUCCUGCCCAUCCUGCUCAUGAUCGAACGGAUCCGGGACUCGGGCAGGUCUCUCUCGAGUCUGGCGAGCGAACUGCGACGCCGCUAUUUCACCGUCGACGAAGAGAGCCGGGUGGUGCCCGACCAGGCGAUGGCCUUCGACAUGGUGCGGGAAGCCUUUCCGGGCGGCAAGGUGAACCGGCUGGAUGGACUCACGAUGGACUUUUCCGACUGGCGAUUCACUCUGCGGCCCUCCAACACGGAACCCGUAAUGAGGCUGACCCUGGAGGCCUACCGCGCGGGACUUGCCGAACGGCGCCGGGAUGAACUCCUGUCCCUGCUGGACGAGGCCCGGGAACGAGCAGCGGCAAGUCCCACUUCUCCGGAAGGGGCAUUCGCCGAGUAG